AGAAAACGUUUUUUUACCAUGAAGGUUUCAAGAUAGUCAGAGCAAUGUCGUUGGCAUUAUUAAUAUUGAUUUUGUGCUAUUACGGAUCAACGGAAUACAAUGUUUUGCAGAAUGGACAGAUUCUUCGCGGUUUUCCCUCUAGAAAGACUGUCUUGACAUUUAGUUUCGGCUAUUCCAUCUCGCGCACUAUACCAUCUGUAGUUACAGUUGGCAUGCUCAUUUAUUCCAUUUUAAUGAAGCGGCCGCAACUUAGUUUUCCUUUCAUAAGCUUCUUUUUAGCUGAACUAGUGUGCGAUUUCUGUGAUGUGAUCAUAAUGAUCUGGUAUUUUUUCAAAUAUCUACAAAUACAAACCGCGUUAUUUUAUGCUGCAGGAUUUCUUCUCUUGCUCUCGACAGAAGUAUGGACAUGGCUGGAUAUUGUGUGGCUCUAUGAACACCGAAAUUCAAUUAUACUAAAUAAUGAUGAUAAACAUCAGAACAAUGAAAAUCGAUAA